AUGGCCGUCCUUACGCAGUACGACUGGAUCAUCGCCGUCAUCAGCAUCGCCUUCUGCGGUAGCUCCUUCGGAAACGGUGCCAACGAUGUCGCCAACUCCUAUGCCACCUCCGUAGCGGCUCGGACCCUCACCAUGCCCCAGGUUGGCUUUCUGUCCAUGUGCACCGAGUUUUUCGGCGCCGUCGUGCUCGGAGCCCGCGUCACGGGUACCAUCAAGAACGAUAUCAUCGACCUCGACCGCUUCCGCCAGACUCCCUCUACUCUGAUUCUCGCCAUGGGAUGCGCCGAGUUUGCUAGCGCUUUCUGGCUGCUUGCCGCCACCAAGAUGGGCUACCCCGUCUCUACAACACAAACUAUUGUCGGUGCCCUCGUCGGUGUCGGUCUCGCCGCGCAGGCCCAGGUCUCUUGGUCAUGGAAGGACGGCAGCGUCUCUCAGAUCGCUGCUUCAUGGGGUGUUGCUCCCUGCAUCGCUGCCGUCUUCGGUGCCGUUCUCUUCGGCAGUCUCAAGUUCACUGUACUGGAGCGCGAAAACUCUUUCGAAAAGGCCAUGAAGGCCAUUCCCUUCUACCUUGCUUUCACCGCCGCCGUCCUCGCCCUAUUCAUCACCGUCGAAGCACCCGGUGCCCCGUCUCUUGAGGAGCUUGGUGCCGGCACCGCCUGCGGUAUCGUGCUCGGUGUCUUUUUCGGUGCCCUCCUCCUUGCCUACGUCUUUUUCGUCCCUUAUGUUCACCGAAGACUCGUCAAAGAGGACCCUCGAAUCCGCCUUCGUCACAUCUUCCUUGGCCCUCUCCUGUACAUGGAGAACCCUCCCAUCUACAUGCCUGCCAAGGGCAACGAAUUCGUCAUCGACUACUACGCGAGCGCCCACGAUGAGUCCCAGAACACCAACGACGCCGAUAUUGAGAAGCAGACGAAAACUGAAGGCGGUAACGACAACGGGGAGAAGCUCGUCGUUAACGACAACAAUAGCACCGAGAGCCCCAAUUCUGCACCCCUCUCUCUUGAAGAUGUCGAGCGCGGUAAGAAGGCCCCCGCGCAGGGCGCUGUCGUCGAACGUUACAAGCGCAAGCCCGAGCCCGAAGAGCGUUUUCUUGCACCGACUGCCCACCUCCCUAUCACCAACCCCAAACGCAUCUGGAGCUUCAUCAAGUACUUCUUGUUGCAGGGCGUUACCCGUGACUGUGUCACACAUGCCUCCUCCCAGCUUUCUGCAAUCCACGGCAAGGCCAAGAAGUACGACAACCGUGUCGAGCAUCUCUGGACCUAUGCUCAAGUUGCCAGCGCCAUGAUGAUGUCCAUUGCUCAUGGUUCCAACGAUGUUGCCAACGCUGUUGGCCCCUGGAUCGCUGCCUACCAAGUCUACAUGACUGGCGAAAUCAGAGAGGAUGGCGAAUCCCCUAUCUGGAUUCUCGUUGUUGCCGGUUUCCUCCUUGGUGCAGGCUUCUGGUUCAUGGGUCAUCACAUCAUCAAAGCCAUGGGCAACAAGCUCACCCAAUUGUCUCCCACGAGAGGUUUCGCCAUGGAGCUUGGCGCCGCAAUUACCGUUCUCCUGGCAAGUCGUCUUGGUCUUCCCGUCAGCACUACUCAGUGCCUCACCGGUGCCGUCAUUGGUGUCGCCUUGAUGAACUUCGACAUUGGUGCUGUCAACUGGCGCCAGGUCGCUUUCAUCUUCUCUGGCUGGAUUGUCACUCUGCCUUGUGCCGGUCUGAUCGGUGGUUUGCUGAUGGCCAUGUCUCUCAACACUCCUCAGUUCAGUCAGGGCUAA